GCGGACUGUGAUGGCAAAUACAGCACAACAUCACUCUCGUCUAACCGUGACGACUAUGGCCACAGUCCUCCCUAUAUUCUUUAUAUUUGCCAUCGUCGUGGCGCUCAUGACCUCCGCUGCUCUCUUCACGCCGAAGGGUCCCCAACAAGUGGUAGUCCGAACUGCGAUCAUGUUAACAUUGGCCUGUUGCUUCCUCUUGUGGAUGGUGACAUACUUGGCCCAACUCCAUCCUCUCAUUCAACCUCAACGCUCCCUGAAAGUGGAAGGGUAAGCCGGCUGGUGCAAGAGCUGUCGCAGAUUCCCUUUACCUUACGGACUAUAUCCCAGCAUGUUGUAUCUAAUUCAAACGCAUUCUCAUUGUUGAGGUCUUGAAUAGUCGAUGUCGAUGACCAGCAUCUUCAGUCUGCGUGAUACAAGCCCGAUGGCAUGACUCUCUGAAAACGUUUUCUGGGGAUCUCUUGUACCAGACCCACGU